AUGCAUCGUAAUAUGGCUCUCAUAUUAUUUACUUUAUUCUCCUGGCAAGCCUUUGCUGCUUCGGAUAUCACAUAUUGCUCUACCGUGAACACGGGAGCUUCGAACUCUGCUAAUAUCAGUGUGUAUCAAUCAAACGGACUUUGUACGGAUACAUGUAAUUCCGAUUAUGCUUUUGGAAUUCUUCAAGGGAAGAGCUGCUGGUGCUCGAACAUUGCUCCCAACAAAGCGACCAACGUUGAUACGUCGAAGUGUGAUACAGGGUGUCCCGGGUAUCCCGAUGAUAGUUGUGGAAGUGCGUCCAAGGGCGUUUUUGCUUAUAUCCAAAUGAACGAGCAUUCGCCCUCAGGAACAGCCACAGUUUCGUCGAGUACGUCGACAUCUACAGAGUCAUCGACGACAUCGACGGACUCUUCCAAAACCACUGAUGCACCGACGACGACGGCAAGUCAAUCGGUUGAAACCGUUGCCGGGGAGGUGAAAACGAUCACAAUUCCCAAUGCGAAGCCUACGUCAGACCCAAGUGCCAGUAUGUCUGAGAAGGAUAGUAGCGGCUCGGGUUUAAGUGGAGGUGCAAUUGCUGGCGUGGUCGUGGGUUCAAUCGGCGGCUUGGCUGCAAUUAUAGCCAUCUGCUUCUUGAUCUUCUUCAAGAAACGCCAGGAACGUUCGACAAGCCCAAGUCCGAGCGUCUCAAAUGUCUUGCUAGAUGGUAGGAACAGCAAAGGUUCUCAGAUGAGUGUCGCAAAUCGAGCUUUUUCGGACAACCACAGCCAUACAUUAUCUGCCGGCUCCUCAAGAUUACCAACGUUUACCGAUACUCGCUUGAAGACGGAUACUGUACUGUACGCAGGUGGCCGUCGUGAUAGUGACGUGUCACUCCAGGACAAUGAAGACUACUCUCGGCCAGUUCUUCGGCUUACGAACCCCGAUUGA